ACCAGAGUUUUGGUGGCUAACUCUAACUCCGUCUCAAUGGCCACAAUCAUCCACCUCUCUCCGAUUCACACUUCGCCGCCGUCUCCUCGCUUAUUUUCUCCCCAAUCUUCCCAAAAUACCCUUCACCUCUCAUUCAAUUCACACCCCAAACCCCUCUCCUUUCCCUCCAUUUCUCUCAAGCCCUGCGCGCCGGCCAGGCCUCGCGCUUUGGUCGUCACUUCGGCUGUUAAGAGCCUCUCGGAGACUGAGCUAGUCUCAGUGGAGGGCGAACAAGUCGCCGGAAAAUUGCCGUCGGAGACCGGCGUCUACGCCGUUUUUGACCAGAACGGUGAGCUUCAGUUCGUCGGCUUAUCGAGAAACAUAGCCGCGAGUGUUCUUAUACACCGGAAAUCGGUGCCGGAGCUGUGCCACUCCGUCAAGGUUGGGAUAGUAGAUGAACCAGAUAGGACGGUUCUAACUGAAGCUUGGAAAUCAUGGAUGGAAGAACACAUAAAAGCUACUGGGAAAGUGCCUCCAGGAAAUGAAUCAGGCAACGCCACCUGGGUCCGGCAGGCACCUAAAAGGAAGAAGCCUGAUCUGCGGCUGACACCAGGUCGUCACGUGCAGUUGACAGUUCCAUUGGAGCAACUCGUGGAUCGGUUGGUGAAGGAGAACAAGGUCGUGGCCUUUAUCAAGGGUUCGAGAAGCGCCCCAUUGUGUGGUUUCUCACAGAGGGUUGUUGGCAUUCUUGAAAAUCAAGGGGUGGAUUAUGAGAGCGUUGAUGUGCUUGACGAAGAGUAUAACUCUGGAUUGAGGGAGACUCUGAAGACUUAUAGUAAUUGGCCUACUUUCCCGCAGAUAUUUGUGAAUGGAGAACUGGUCGGGGGUUGUGAUAUUCUAACAUCCAUGCACGAAAAGGGAGAGCUUGCUAGCUUGCUUAAGAAAUGAUCAUUAGCCAAGUUUUGGUCUCUAUGUAGAUGGGAUGUGAGCAUGAAACUGUAUUAGCUAGGCAAUUCAUGUAACAAGUGACUAGUUUUAUGCAGCAUAUCUAGGCCUGUACUCCAUAAGCUGCAUCCAUUUAGAGAAAAAAAAAAGGUUUCAAGUUUAGUGAAAAAAAUUAAUAUUGAUCAAGCUGGAUUAUGAACAUCUCCCAUUAGUUUGGUCUGCUCUCUUGGCUUUCCUACUCGAUUUGUACUUCACAUGUAUUGAAAACUGCAAGGUCUCCCUUCGGCUUC